AUGGGGACCCUCGUGAAAUCACAGCUGGUGGCGGUUCCUCUCAUUCUCUUUUUCGUCAUCAGCUCUUGCACUGCCGCUCAUCCCUGGCGACGUGCUCUCGUUCGCGACUCCGGCGACGCUGUCUCGUGGAAUGCCGCAGCAACUGAGACGAACAGGCCCAACCCGCCUCACGGAAUUAACGCCAAGGCUGCGCCGUUCGCACAGAGGGUGUCAGAGCCCCUCGUGUAUUCUGCCAGAGGCGGCGCUGCUGGUUCCCACGCGACUCCGAGUUGGAGUCAGCACACUGCUGCCAGUCGCGUGGCAACCGACGCCCCUCACGCCGCUCGUCACGCCGUCCAAUACGCCCCAACCCCUAGAGCUUCUCUCGCUGCACGUAACGCCGUGAAUCAGGGCUCUCAAAGAUUUGGAAGCAUCGACCUCCGUGAUGCAGCAGCGAAUCAGCGUCGAAGCGGUGGUUCUCUCCAUGGCGGUGGCGGGAACGGCGGAGCAUUCACCGACAACCACGCAUUCCGCGCAGCCAGCCCCGAAGACGUGGCGAUCCAUCACCGUUCCAGCGACGAGCGCCACACGCACAAUUCCACGCAGGGUGCUAAUCGCCUCGACAGCUAUCAGCAUGAUGAUGGUGCGAAUCAUGGAAUGAUGGGGAAGGCAUCUGCACACACUAACGCAGCGGGUGAUUAUGGUGGUGAUUACAACGGCGGUGAUUACAAUGGUGGUGACAACGGCGCUGAUUACAAUGGUGGUGAAAACGGAGGUGAUUACAACGGUGGAGACAACAGCGGAGAUUACAAUGGUGGCGGUGACAACGGCGGUGAUUACAACGGUGGUGGUGACAACUGGAUUCUGGAGGAGCACAACAAGGCACGGCAGGAAGUGGGUGUGCCGGAUCUGGCAUGGGACGACGGAGUGGCAGCAACGGCACAGGAGUGGGCGAACGAGCUGGCGUCCAAAGGGUGCCCUCUGGAGCACGGCGGAGCAGAGGGGCUCGGGCAGAACCUCUACUGGCUGUCACCCGCUGCUCUCACCCCCCAGGAGGACCGUGGGGCUGUGCAGUCAUGGGUGGAGGAGAAGGCGGACUGGACCCCCAGCCCCAUUCCCGACGGGUGUGCGGACGGCAAGAUGUGUGGGCACUACACGCAGGUGGUGUGGCGCGACACCACUCAUGUCGGCUGCGCCUCUGCUCAGUGCCCCGAUGGCUCCGGCAUGUGGGUCUGCGACUACUCGCCCCCAGGCAACUUCGUUGGCCAAACCCCUUUCUAG